ACCAAUCAGCGCGCAGGUUCAGUUCAGGAAACGCUCUCUGGUUUCCACCUGCAGACAAGAAGCCACAAGGAGCCGGAGAGCCUCGAGACUGACUCAGUCUCAGUGGGAAAUAAGAAAUAUAUUUAUAUUUUUAAGGACUUCUUCCGGUGAGCAGCGAUGGUUUGCGGCGGGUUUGUUUGCACCAAGAACGCUCUGUGCGCUCUCAACAUACUCUAUGUUUUGGUGAGUCUGCUGCUGAUCGGAGUGGCCGCCUGGGGGAAAUGGUUCGACCUGGUCUCCAGCAUCAGGGUGGUGGCGGGGGUCAUCGGCGUGGGCAUCUUCCUGUUCCUGGUGGCCUUUGUGGGGCUGUGCGGCGCUGUGAAGCACCACCAGGUCCUCCUCUUCUUCUACAUGAUAAUCCUGUUCACAGUGUUCGUCGUGCAGUUCUCCGUGUCCUGUGCUUGUCUGGCCCUGAAUAAAGACCAACAGAACAAUCUGCUGGAGGUUGGAUGGAACAAAUCCGAGGACACUCAAAAGGACAUCGAGAAAACACUCAACUGUUGCGGCUUCUCUUCAUUUUCCUACAAUGGCACCUGUGCAGCUAGAUGCUUUCACAGCAAUCCUCCGCCGACUUGUGACACGUGCUCGAACACUAUCCAGGGGUAUGCAGGAGAGGUGCUGCGGUUUGUGGGUGGUAUCGGACUCUUCUUCAGCUUCACAGAGAUUCUUGGAGUCUGGCUUGCCCACAGAUACAGAAAUCUCAAAGAUCCUCGAUCAAACCCUGGAGCCUUUCUAUAACCACUCACAGUUUAAUAAACCAAAAAGAUUGCACUGCUAA